AUGCAGCCUACCAAGUUCGACAACGCUGAGUGCGCCAAGUUGCAACGCGAGUCGCUCAACUGCCUCAUCAAUAAUGAAGACAAUAAGAACGCGUGCCAACCCUUCUUCGACCGAUACAAACAAUGCCUGAAAGACCGUCGCGAGCGUGAGAUUGCGGAACGCAAGGCGCGUCUUCGAGGAUAA